UUCUGAUAAAUCCAUACUAGACUUCAGAUGUCCAUCUAAGAUCAAUGGAUCCUUCUAAUCCUGAGGAACCUUCUGAUAAAUCCCAUACUAUGACUUCAGAUGUCCUUCCAAGUUCUCACAGUGCUGACAGAUCACCAGAUCCAUCCAAUCCCCAGACAUCUUCUUAUAGCCAUAAGAUGGUUCACACAGGAAAGCAUCCGUAUUCAUGCGGGAAAUCUUUGAUUGAAAACAAAAAUCUUCUUAGACAUCAGAGAAUUCACACGGGUGAGGGUCCGAAUGUAUGUUCAGAGUGCGGGAGAUGUUUCACUUGCAAAGCAGUACUUAUUGCACAUCAGAGAACUCACACAGUAGAGCGUCCUUUCCUUUGUUCAGAGUGCGGCAAAUGUUUCUCUCAGAAAGAAAAACGUAUUUUACACCAAAAAACUCACGCAAGGGAGCGUCCGUUUUCCUGUUCAGAGUGUGGGAAAUGUUUCACUGAAAAACGUAAAGUUAUUUUACACCAGAGAACUCACACAGGGGUGCGUCCUUUCCCUUGUUCAGAGUGCGGGAAAUGUUUCAUUGAAAAACAUAAACUUAUUUUACACCAGAGAACUCACACAGGGGAGCGUCCUUUCCCUUGUUCAGAGUGCGGGAAAUGUUUCAUUGAUAAACAUAAACUUAUUGCACACCAGAGAACUCACACAGGCGAGCGUCCGUUUUCCUGUUCAGAGUGUGGGAAAUGUUUUAGUGAUAAAAAUCAACUUAUUGUACACCAGAGAAUUCACACAGGUGAACGUCCUUAUUCAUGUUCCGAGUGCGGGAAAUCUUUCGUUCAGAAAGGAGACCUGGUUAGACACCAGACAAUUCACACGGGUAAGCGUCGUUACUCAUGUUCAGAGUGCGGGAAAUCUUUCAUUCAAAGAAGUCAACUUGUUGAACACCAGAGACUUCACACAGGAGAGCGUCCUCAUCCAUGUUCAGAGUGCGGGAAAUCCUUCAUUUCUAAAAGAGAGCUUGUCAGACACCAGAGAAUUCACAGUGGUGAGCGUCUAUAUUUAUGUUCAGAGUGCGGGAAAAGUUUCACUCAAAAAGGAGAACUUAAUGUACACCAGAGAAUUCACACGGGCGAGCGUCCUUAUUCAUGUUCAGAAUGUGGGAAAUCUUUCCAUCAAAAGGGACACCUUCUUAGACACCAGAGAACGCACACUACAGAGCAUCCUGAUUUCAUUCAGAGUGCGGGAAAUUGAUUACAGAUAAAAGAAAAUCAGAGACAGAGAGAACACAUCUGCUGAUUCUUGUGACAAAUGUACGAUGAUUUUUCCAGGUGGAACUGUUGAGUCCAUAGAACAUCUGGAGGAUAAGAAAUUGUUCUUCAGAGGGGUAAAUCCCGGGAGAAGUGAUAUUUCAUAUCUAGGUGGAGUUCACCUAUCGCCAAUAGCAGGCGAUAGGCGCCGUUCGGACAUGCUCGGAAAGACGCGUAAAUACUCUGUUUCCGAGCCUUUCUGAGGAUUGCCGAGGUGUCCUCGGGCCUUUCCCGCCAUUUCCAAGGCUUUCCAGUG